AUUAUAUAUGAGUACACUGUAGCUGUCUUCAGACACACCAGAAGAGGGCAUCGGAUCUCUUUACAGAUGGCUGUGAGCCAUUUUGUGGUUGCUGGGAAUUGAACUCAGGACCUCUGGAAGAGCAGUUGGUGCUCUUAACCACUGAGCCAACUCUCCAGCCCCUGCUCUUGUUUCUUUAAGACAGGGUUUCACCCUGUAGCCCAGGCUAGAUUAGAACACACUGGGUAAAUACGCCAGCAAUCCUCCUGCCCCAGCCCCCUAAGUGCCAGAAUUUCGGGCAUGCAUCACCAUGCCCAGCUUUUGGAUCUUCCUGAUAAAAGAGGACCAGAGCCCUUAGCUGGUUUGCCCUUAUUAAACUACGAAGGUCAUUUCUUCCCCAGGCUUUACGAGCAGCAAACCCUCAUUUCCCUCCCACGAUGUCUUCCUAAGUCUUUUGCAAUUAGGCUCGUUUCUCUAGGUUUCCUACGGCAGGCAUCUGAACGGAAUUAAAGCACAAGCACGUGCCAAAAUAAUCUGUUCCCAAGAUAGUAAAUGCUGAGAAGUUCUAUAUUGGAACGCGCCGGGCGCUGACUGGCUGGGGCGUGAUUAACCUAAUAAGCUUAAAGCGUCGCUUGCCAUCCACAUCUGUCACGACAUGAGCAAAACACGGGCUCAUAAUCCGUGAGACCGGGGCCCCUCCGAACCGUCCCAAUGCUCACUAACAGCAUCAAAACUUAGGGCAUCAGGCCUGUCUUCCUCUUCACUAUGGCAUGGACGCCAAGUCUAGGAGUUUGUACCAUGGACUUCCAAUCCGGCCUGGAGCUGUCCAGAUAGACCAGCCAGACAGCUUCCUGUUACCAAGGAUUCUCCAAAGACUGUGAAGGUAGGAGAUGGUGACAAGCUGAAGCCAUGGGGUGCACACCGUCACACAAUGUCAUCGUCAACAGCGUCGCCAAGAGUGGCAUUCAGUUCUUUAAGAGGCCUAAAGCGAUUUUGCCAGGAUGUCAGUGGGGCAGCCAAAAAUGCCCCAUCCCUUUGCUAAUUCAAAGUUCCACCUUCUGUGACCCUGGUGGGGAGCUGCACCCGGGAGCGAGGCUGGCAGAGGAGACAGCAAGUUCCAGGAAGCUCCCGGACAUGACUGAAGGUCUUUGUCAGCUCCCAGAAAGCCAAACCUUCCACAUGAACAAAUCACAAAGCCGCAUGGCUACAGACAUUUCGUUCAGGACAGAAGGCUCCCACAGGACACAAGAAGUAGAGUUUUCUGGGAAAGAGGGUAAGGAAAACACUCCCCGGGAGACCUCAGAGCGGGGCAGAGAGCCAAAGUGCCAUCCAUCAGACAGCCAGGACCAUUGCUGCCAAACAGUUCCUGAGCCAAAAGGCAAAGUGGACUUCCCUGAGUCCCUGGUAAAGGCCCACCAGCAUGCUUACGCCUACCUGCACACCAGCCUUUCCAGAUAUGAAGCAAUUGUGCACCUCGUCCAGCAAGCCAGCCAGACCUGGGAGCUCUUGCAGUCCAUGCUUAGCUUCCUGCUGCUGGGCUUCGAGGAGGCCAGCCAGCUUCUGGGAGAAAUCUCUAAAGAUGGAGAGGUGCUCCUCCGGGAAGUUAGAGGGGAUCUGGCAUGGCCGGUGAGGAAGGGUGAGCCCUGGGAACACCCAGACCUCCUUCAACAGCUGCUGCAGUAUACAGUCAACAAGCUGCAGGUGGUGCACAGCACAGUGGCCGCCCUCACGGGGAGCUUCCUGGAAGGCUCCAGCAGCUACCUCAGAGCCACUGCCGGCCACCUCGAAGGUAAGCUGAGUACCAAGAGAGGUAUAGAUGAAUGUCUCCUGAGGGCCCUGGGACAGCUAGAGAGUCUGACCAGUGGCUCCAGUGACCCGGGGCUGCUGGGUCCACCCUUAUGCUCUGAGGACAGUGGCAUCGGUGCUGACAAUGAGUCUGUGCACUCCGUGGAGAAGCUGGGCAAGCAAGCCAGCUGGGACUUUGCAGCAGAACUUGGAGAAUGGAAGCCAGGGACUGCAGCCCAAGGGGAGGCCAGGCCGUCAGGGCAUGCCUGGCAGAAAGGUCCAUACUGGACAGGUCCAGACAGACCCCAGGACUGUCCACUGUCAGGCCCCAGGAUAGCAAAGGUUCAACCUGCAGUGCAGGAUGAAGCCCGGAGUUCGAACACUUCCAGCACUAGCCCAGAAGCAGUCACCUCCAGGCCUCCAGAGGCUGCCAAAAGCAUCCCGUGGGACUCUCUGGGGACCGAGAUCCCUGUGCAGACACAGCUUUCUCGACGAAGCUCAGGACUGAUGGGUUCUCCGUACCUGAGUGGAGAUGAGGACAGCAGCCCAGAGGAGGAAGAUGAACUUGGCAGCACGGAUCUGCAUCCUGAGCCACAGAAAGCCCUUCCUUCAAGACCACAGUCCUCACCAGACCCCCGGGAGAGCCUGUUUCAGCCAUACUCCACGAAGCUUAGGAGCCCCCAGGCCCAGGAAAUGAUUCUGAAGAUGAAAGAGGCCAUCAGUGAAAGGAUCAAGUUUGUCCCCGUGCCUUCCAGACCCCAGGACUGGGCUGAGGAGGAGGAAGGGAGGUCAGUGGUCCCUCCGAGACCCAGAUCUGUCAGUGGCUGCAGGAGGGCCCCUGAGAGACAAAGGAGGUCGCAAUCAGAGGGAUGCCUCAAGAGCCAUGUGGAAGACCCCACCCUCCAGGAGCUGAGGAGGGUCCAGACAGACCUCAGUAAGAGGCUGGAGGUAUUUUAUGCUCUGGGUGCCACACAGCAGGGACAGAGCAGGGAGCAAUGUCUGCCACCCAGGACAUCACUGCUAUGGCCUCCCACCAACUGCAGGGUGAGUCCCAGUAGUGCCAUCAGCAAGUUCAAGGCCUCUCUCACCCAAAACUUCAGCAUUUUGCCCAACCAGGACAAGAGCAUCUUCCAAAGAGGUAGUCCCUGCUUUGACAGUGACCAGCCUUGCCAGGGGAAGGCUGAAAAGCUGCCAAGUGCCAUCUUUUGUGGCAAGAAGAACAGUAGGGCUCCCGGAGACAAUGAAAGGGACAUCAGGGCCUGUCCCACCAGAACAUCAGUCAAGAAGCUUAUUGAAACUUUCAGUCCUACCGAGAGUCCGAGGAUGCCAAGGGACUGCAGGAACUUGGGGACAAGCCCCUGCCUCAGGAAGUGGGGUGUUCCUGCCAUGCCUCCCAGAUUUCCUAUAUACAGGGGGCUAGCCCCCCUGUAUCCUAAGCCCCAGAUUUCUCCAGCAGUAGGCAGAGACCCUCUCAAGCUGGGCAUGAGCUGGAGGCCUUCUGCACCCUUUCCCUCCCUUCCUCCAGCGGAAGCAUCUGAGGGUGAAGACAUAGGCGGUGAAAUGGAGGAAGACCUGCAGAACCUCCCUCCACCACCUCUGGAAAUCCUGAUGGACAAAUCGUUCACUGCUCUGGAACAUCCAGAAUGUAGCCUGGAGGAGACCCUGUUACCAGAGCUUCAGGAGGCCAGACGUCCAAAAAGAACAUGGGCUUCCCCCAAGCUGAAAGCCUCCAUGAGCCCCAUGGACUUGCUCCCCAGCAAGGGCAAUGGCAGCUCCCCGAGGCUACAGGGCACCAGGCCCGGGAGCACCAGUAAUGUGGGCAAUUCCAGAAAGUUGACCUUGGACCUUAACUCUCAGCAAACAGCUAACCCAAGCCCAGAGGCGGAGGGUGGAGCUCAGAUUCAGGCACCCCCAGAGAAUACGGCAGGCCUCUCCAAGCAUCACCAAAAGGCAAUUCCCAGGCAUCACGCUAACCCUACAUCUGGGCAAAGCAGGGCCUUGGAGCCCAGCCUAGCCAGAUUUUCACGAGAUCCACACUCUCCAGAAGCGUCCAGGAAGGGUCCAGAGAGAAGCCCUCCAGGAGUCAGAAAGGCCUCUCCCCCAAGAGCUCAGUGGGCAUCCCAAGGAGGCAGGAGGCUGCAGAGCCUGCCCUCCACUCAUGGACCGUCCCAGCCGGGCCUCCGUGCUGUCCUCAGCUCCCCCAGCCCACCCCUGAGCCCCAGGACACUGAGCCCACCGGCCACAAGAAAACCAACUUCCCCACCAUGCCAGUACCCGCAGUCCAACCCAGCCCCAGGGAGCCCUCCUGUCCAAAGGACAGAAACAAACACCCCCUCCUCUGCUUCCUCUUCAUCCCCCUCAGUGUCUCCAUCUCGAGGGUCCAAGGACUCAAGUCACUCUGAGGACAGCGAAGGUACCACAAACAAAGCAUCCAGGGGCACAUGUUCCGUACUCUUCCCGGCCACAGCUUUCUGUGAAGCUAAAUCGUCAUUCUCAACAUCCCAUCCACAGACGCUACCAGAACCUGGGGGCCUUCUGAGGACCCCAGCAGGAGGCUGGAGGGGCAGCGCAGGGCCACGACUGAGGGCAGAUUCACAGAAGAGAACAGUUCUGAACGCCCUCGACGCCCUGCCUUUUGUCAGAAGGACAGCUUCCGACCGCCAGCGCCAGCAGGGCGACCCACUUCAGCUGCCCAGCUCAGACUGGGAAUCCCAUCCCUGCCAAAACAGCAGCAGCAGUAGCAGUGAGGAGAACGCCAAGCAAGAACUCCCACCUUGGAACAACUCCCGAGUCCCAGAAUUGCAGAGUAGUAGCACCAAGUGGACCUCUCCUUUGGAGCUCUGUGUGCUGGGCCAUGGGUUGCAGCCAGAAGCCCGGCCGAGCCGUAGCCAGGACAGAUCCCAGCCAGAGUCACAGCCCCAGCACAAGGAAGUUUCGUGAUGGGUGGCCGGUGGGGUCACAUACACUGAUGCCAGUCACCCUAGAACACGAAAAACUAGAGACAUGUUCACACUGCACCAUGGGUGGCAGGCAAACCAGUCCACACCUCAGAGUUGACUUGGAAAGACCUCGAAGAUGCCCCCGCCAAAGGGUCUCCAAAAUCUUAAGCAACAGUUGGAUUCACUUCCAGAGCCUGCUCUGCCUUGGUUUAAAUGUUAAUGAAAACUUUAGACCCUAGGAUGAUACUCUUUAUCUUUCUGAGUGCUGGCCUUAAUUAGAGGGAUAACGUAUUCAUGCUCAGAGGGCCAUGUGUCUUACAAGAUAACCGGUGGUAAUCAUUUAAACCACAACAGCCUGUGAAACAGUGUCCUCCAGUUUUACAGAGAGGAAAACCAAAUGUGUCGGGGGUGGGGGAAGCCCAAGGGUCAAGCUGGGGGUCAGACAGAUGUGAGGGUACGGACGUAGGUGGCCUUCUUUGUGUUCCAUUGCCUUUGAGUGUUCCACCCCUGUACCCGCCUGCGGCAUACGAAUAAAGAGAAGCCUUUUCGAUUUAAGGUUAAAUGUUAUGACGGUUAAUGUUUGGUCAUGUCUGUGAGGGAUUUUCUAGAUUGAGUUCACUGAGGUAGGAAGACCCACCCCCACUGUCAUUGGCACCAUUCCACAGAGAGUCCUGAACUGCAGAAAGAAGUCAACUGGCUACCAGCAUUCACUUUUUCCUGCUUCCUGAGUGGGGAUACGAUGUAACCAGCAACCUCCAACUCCCGCCACAAGCAUCCCCCAACCCGUGAGCCAAAAUAAAGCCUUCCCCCCUUAAGCCGA